GCGGGUCAAAAAUGGCGAAGUGGGGGUAGCCGGCGGGGGACUGGACGGCAUGGGGCGCGGAGGUGGCACUGUCGGGGGAGCCUGCUGAAGUGGGCGCGGCCGACCUGGCGACCUCGGGCCGGCGCCUCGUAGCGCGCACCACGGACUCCGAGGGUCGCCGAGGGCCCCGCCGAGAGCCGGAGGCGAUGGACGAGCAGAGCGUGGAGAGCAUUGCUGAGGUUUUCCGAUGUUUCAUUUGUAUGGAGAAAUUGCGUGAUGCCCGGCUGUGUCCUCAUUGCUCCAAGCUUUGUUGUUUCAGCUGUAUUAGGCGCUGGCUGACAGAGCAGAGAGCUCAAUGUCCUCAUUGUCGUGCUCCACUCCAGUUACGGGAACUAGUGAAUUGUCGUUGGGCGGAAGAAGUGACACAGCAGCUUGAUACUCUCCAGCUGUGUAGUCUCAGCAAACAUGAAGAAAACGAGAAGGACAAAUGUGAAAACCACCAUGAAAAGCUUAGUGUGUUUUGCUGGACUUGUAAGAAGUGUAUCUGCCAUCAGUGCGCACUUUGGGGAGGAAUGCAUGGUGGACACACGUUUAAACCUUUGGCAGAAAUCUAUGAACAGCACGUCACUAAAGUGAAUGAAGAAGUAGCCAAACUUCGUCGACGUCUGAUGGAAUUGAUCAGCUUAGUUCAAGAAGUGGAAAGAAAUGUAGAGGCUGUAAGAAGUGCCAAGGACGAGCGUGUUCGGGAAAUUAGGAACGCUGUGGAGAUGAUGAUUGCACGAUUAGACACACAGCUGAAAAAUAAGCUCAUAACACUCAUGGGUCAGAAGACAUCUCUUACUCAAGAAACAGAACUGUUGGAAUCUUUACUUCAGGAGGUAGAACAUCAGUUGCGGUCUUGCAGUAAGAGUGAAUUGAUAUCUAAGAGCUCAGAGAUCCUAAUGAUGUUUCAGCAAGUUCACCGAAAGCCCAUGGCAUCCUUCGUUACCACGCCUGUUCCACCAGACUUUACCAGUGAAUUGGUUCCAUCUUAUGAUUCAGCUACUUUUGUUUUGGAGAACUUCAGCACUUUGCGCCAGAGAGCGGAUCCUGUUUACAGCCCGCCUCUCCAAGUUUCAGGUCUUUGCUGGAGGUUAAAAGUUUACCCAGAUGGAAAUGGAGUUGUACGUGGCUAUUAUUUAUCUGUAUUUCUGGAACUAUCAGCUGGCUUACCUGAAACUUCCAAGUAUGAAUAUCGUGUAGAAAUGGUUCAUCAGUCCUGCAACGAUCCUACCAAAAAUAUCAUUCGAGAAUUUGCAUCUGACUUUGAAGUUGGAGAAUGCUGGGGCUAUAAUAGAUUUUUCCGCUUGGACUUACUUGCAAACGAAGGAUACUUGAACCGACAAAAUGAUACCGUGAUUUUAAGGUUUCAGGUACGCUCACCAACAUUUUUUCAAAAAUGCCGGGAUCAGCACUGGUACAUUACUCAGUUGGAAGCUGCACAGACUGGUUAUAUUCAACAAAUAAACAAUCUUAAAGAGAGAUUGACUAUUGAGCUGUCCCGAAGUCAGAAAUCAAGAGAUCUGUCACCACCGGAUAAUCAUCUUAGUCCUCAAAGUGAUGAUAUUCCUGAGACACGAACUAAGAAGUCUGGGCCAUGCUCUGACAUGCUUCUGGAAGGUGGUCCUACUUCAGCUUCUAUAAGAGAGACCAAAGAAGAUGACGAUGAGGAGGAGAAGAUUCAGAAUGAAGACUAUCAUCAUGAGCUCUCAGAUGGCGAUCUGGAUCUGGAUCUUGUUGGUGAAGAUGAAGCAAAUCACUUGGACGGCAGCAGCUCCUCCGCUAGUUCCACAGCAACAAGCAACACAGAGGAAAAUGAUAUUGAUGAGGAGACCAUGUCUGGAGAAAAUGACGUAGAAUACAACAACAUGGAACUGGAAGAGGGAGAACUCAUGGAGGACGCAGCUGCGGCAGGGCCUCCAGGUAGUAGCCACAGCUAUUUGGGUGCCAAUAGCAGAAUGUCAAGAAGAGCACAUUUAUGCUCUGCCGCUACCAGUAGCUUAUUAGACAUUGAUCCUUUAAUCUUAAUACAUUUAUUGGAUCUUAAGGACCGCAGCAGCAUGGAAAAUCUGUGGGGUUUACAGCCUCGCCCAUCUGCUUCACUUUUGCAGCCCACAGCAUCAUAUUCUCGAAAAGAUAAAGAUCAAAGGAAGCAGCAGGCGAUGUGGCGAGUGCCCUCUGACUUAAAGAUGCUGAAAAGGCUCAAAACUCAAAUGGCUGAAGUCCGGUGCAUGCAGACUGAUGUGAAGACUACACUGUCAGAUAUAAAAGGCAGCAGUGUUGCUUCUGCAGACAUGCAGACAAACCUUUUCUGUGCUGACCAGGCAGCUCUGGCCACGUGUGGACCUGAAAACUCUGGUAGAUUACAGGAUUUGGGAAUGGAGCUUCUAGCAAAGUCAUCAGUGGCUGGCUGUUAUAUACGAAACCCCACAAAUAAGAAGAAUUCACCCAAGUCAGCUCGAGCCAUAGCAGGCAGUCUCUCACUCCGAAGAGCCAUGGACUCUGGAGAAAAUGGCCGCUCAAAGGGAGACUGUCAGGCUUUGUCUGAAGGCUCCCCAGGAAGCUCUCAGUCUGGGAGCAGACAUAACUCUCCCCGAGCCCUAACUCACAGCAUCACUGGGGAUAUUUUGCCCAAAAGUGAGGACCGACAGUGCAAAGCUUUGGAUUCUGAUGCUUUGGUGGUUGCGGUUUUCAAUGGCUUACCUACGGUUGAGAAAAGAAGGAAAAUGGUUGCCUUGGGGACUAAUGCAAAAGGAAGUCAUCUGGAAGGAAUACAGAUGGCAGAUUUGGAAAGUCAUUCUGAAGCUGGGGAGUUACAACCCACACUACCUGAAGGAGCAUCAGCUGCCCCUGAGGAAGGAAUGAGUAGUGACAGCGACAUUGAAUGUGACACUGAAAACGAGGAGCAGGAAGAGCACACCAGCAUGGUUGCGUUCAACGAUCCGUUCCUGGCUCAGCCCCCGGAUGAAGACUCACAUUCCAGUUUUCCUGAUGGUGAACAAAUAGACUCUGAAAAUCUCCACUUCAACACUGAUGAAGGCGGUGGAAGAUUGCUUGGUCUUGGAACCCAGGAAGUUCAAGCCAGUCAACCUGGAGAGACAGCAUGUACAGGGUCACAUGGAUACGAACUGAGGCCCCUGCCCCCAGCUAACAGCCACCAUCAGCUGCCUGACGUGUAAGUGUACAGAGCUUCAGGCAACACCAGUCUCCAGCCCUGAGGCCUCAGAUGUCGUGGAACAGAGAUGGGAACUCUGCUCUACCAGUCUAAAAUCCUGACCAAAGGAAACUAUAGUAUAAUAAAUGACUUUAUUAUGCCA